CAGUAAUUCGACGCAGGUCACCUCUUUUGUCAUACUAAGAAAAUGAUAAUUAAAACCUUUCGCUCCAGUUCUUAUCUGAAAACAUUACGUUCAGGAGAAUGUUCAGCACUUUGAUUACGAAAUGUUGAUUUGGAUGGAAAUGUGAUCAGCCAACUACUCCGAGUAAAACACCUAACGUCAGAGUAGUUAAAUAGUUAUAAACCAUUUGGUCAGCGAUACAUCACCAGUGAUGAGACUCGCCGUUUUGGCUGCAAUAAUCAGUGUGGUGCACUGUUUUAACCUGGACACUAAAUCACCGUACAUCAUCAAGAGUGAUGCUGCGGAGGGCUACUUCGGUUACUCGGUGGCACUCCACAAGAACAGUGAAGGUAACUUCCUAUUAAUCGGAGCCCCGACCUCGUCCACACCCCAGCCAGGUGUUGACCAGGGUGGCACCAUCUUCAAGUGCAAAGUGCCUACUGAUUUAGGGGACCUCACUGAGCCGGUGGUUUGCAGUGAACAGCUGACUGUACUGGACGAUCAGGGAAACAAGUGGGUUGGUAGUGAUGACGUUCACGGUAACUUCGAAUUCAGCUACAACAAGACGGAUAUUUACAACAUCCAGAGUGACCAGAAGUCACACCAGUGGUUGGGUGUUACCCUCCAAUCCAGUAUAGACUCCGACUACUUAAUAGGAUGCGCUCAUAAAUACGAGACCAGGUACCUGGGGAUAGCCUCCUUUUUUGACGACCCUCCCCGACAGUUGACUGGUAAAUGUAUCCUGCUCGGCAAAGAUUUGGACUUCCAGGAGUCGGUAUAUCAACCAUGCAAAGGAGUUGAGUCAGGACUAUCCAAGGUAGGAAACUGUCAAGCGGGAACCUCAGCCCACUGGUUGGAUGACAAGCUGGUGUUAGGUGCUCCGGGCUGCUACGAGGGUUCAGGGGGACUCUAUAUCUACGACACUGCAGAUUUAGUUAUAGACCCUGAUACCACUGACCCGUAUAAAGAUCCCGAAUACGAGGACUCCCAACCCUACAUAGGUUACAGUACCACAAUCUGCGAUAUGAACGGAGAUGGAAUCAUGGACGUUAUAUCUGGCGGUCCCAGGGGUAAACUUUACCGAGGUCAGGUAGUCAUAUACCAGACGGAGCAGGGCAUCUCGCAAGUUCUGACAGAGCAAAUGCCAUUCGACCUGAUCGGAGAACAGAUGGGCAGUUAUUACGGAGGGAGUGUUCUCUGUCAGGAUAUGAACGGAGACGGUAUUGAUGACUUGGUGGUCGGAGCUCCGUGGUACUCCUUGUAUCCAGGUCAAGGACAAAGCAGGCCGGACACUGGCCGGGUUUACUUCUAUCCUGGUGCUCAGAAGUUCGAUAUAUUCGACGAGUUUGAGUUCCUGCCGAUCGACUAUGAUUUGAGUUUACUCCAACACAUAUCCGGUACUGACGAGUCAGAAACUUUUGGGUACGCUCUGAGCUCGGCUGGGGAUGUGAACAACGACGGUGCAUACGACAUGUUGGUUGGAAGUCCUAACUACAAUGAUGGUGAGGGUAAAGUUUCUCUUUUUUUGGGAGGAUACGAUGGGAUCGUGACAACACCCUCCCAAAUCUUCACACCAACUAAACUCGGCAUUUUAGACAGCCUCCGAGGAUUUGGCUGGAGUAUUGCUGGAGGGAAGGACAUGGAUGAUAAUGGCAUCUCUGACGUGCUCAUAGGAUCAUACAAAUCUCAACAUGCCGUGCUAUUGAGAGGUAUUCCCAUUAUUGAUGUUCUGAUCACUAUUACUAUAUACGGGGAUGACGCUACAACCGAACUGGACCCACUUGGAGAGCCAACGCUGGACGUGCCAAAUGGAAAAAAGGUUCAAGGUAUAAACCUGCAGGCAUGCUUCGAGUAUAUAGGCGCUCCGGCAGACAGUGCUGCGGUUGCGACCGUUAAUUUUGAAAUUAAGCUAGACAGUGCCAGCGAAACAUUCUCCCAAGCUAGACUGUACACCAACUACACCAACCCUACUCAAGUGUACCAGGGAAGGGUGGAUGUUGAUUUGGACAACAGUUUUAAGAUUUGCACUGCCGCUAUCCCGGCUUACUAUCGGGGUGAACUGGGUUACUCCUCACGACCUGUGGUGUUCAGUAUGGAAGCUGGGCUGGAAGAGAGGGAGAGGUUUGCUGAUCGUGCUGUCCUCAACGAGCAGCUGAUAAGUGAUGCUACUUUUGUUCUUGGCAUCGCCUCAGAUUGUCCACGUGACACAGGAAUAUGUACAACUGAUGUAGCUAUUGAGAUUGGGGACGUUCAAUAUGACAAAAUGGACAAGUACCCUCUAACUAUUGGCCUGAUUGAAGAGUUUAGACUGCCUGUAAAAGUAGUCAACAAAGGACCAAACACUGCCUACGGAUCAAUACUAAAUGUUGAAAACAUUCCCGGUAUACUCCCAUUUCUGCCAUCAAUUGAUUGUAACUCUACCUACGUCGAGGGGUUAGCGGAUGAUACACUCUACAGCAUCCAAUGUAUGCUUCCAACCAAACUGAUGAAUGAGGAGAUUCUAACCGUACCCCUAGACUUCAACAUGACUAAGCUGAUAAGUCCACAAGAUUUCGAGUUCUCGUUUGUGGUGACAGUUUUAGAACCGAGUGUAAAGGCGGCUGGCACCAGUGGUUUCUCUACAUUCGCUCUUAACAUUGUAAACCUGGCUGAUCUCCGACUGAAUGGUGGAUCCUCACCAGUCGAUGUGGAUUAUAACAACAACUACGGAGCAACUAACAAGUUGUUGGGAUAUGAUGGUCCGGUGAUCCGACACAAAUACGACUUAUCCCUGAGGGACGAAUCCAUUAAUUUGUUCGUGAAAAAUAUAACUUUGUCAAUCUACUGGCCGGAGAAAUUCACAGGGGAAGGUGCAUGGCUGUUUCCUCUCGAAGCUGUGAGUUUCCCCAACAUGAACGAGACAGAUGCCCAAGUUAAAUGUGACCACGAUGACAUGAUUGUGACCAACUGGGGACUCUUCAAAGAGACUUUCAGUGAGUCAGACGUAAUUUAUUCUAACUUCAGUUGCAAGGAGAAUAAGGAUCUCUGCCGAAAGAUAACGUGUAAUUUAGAGUUUCUCGAAAGAGGUCGCACUUCUUUCAAGAUUGUCUUGACAACCAGGCUUCAGGAAUACUUUUUGCACGAUUUUGGUAAACUCAAUGUCACAUCGUAUGUAGAAUUGAAGUCGGUCGAAGAGACAAUGACCAUGUCCGAAAUACACACCGCCGCCAGUGCAACAACUUUUCUCUCUCCGAGCACGAGCAGACGGCAGAACUUCUUGUGGGUGAUCAUCUUUGCAGCUAUCGCAGCUCUCCUCAUCAUCCUCCUCCUCAUCUUCUGUCUGUGGAAGUUUAACUUCUUCAAACGAGCAAAUCUGCAGCCAGAACCGGGUCCUCCCAUGGUGGUCGGAUAUUUGACUGAUGCUUAUGACGAUCCAGAUGAUCAUUACUAUAACCAGGACAAAGUUUUGCUUCCUGGUGGAAUGUGAAGAAACGAUUCUUUGUGGAUUUUUUGCGAUGUUUCUAAUUUUUUAUUGAAUUCUUUUAAAUUAGCUGUUAGUUUUAAGUAUCUGACAUUGACAUUAAAUCUAUUCAUUCAAUAUAAGUUGGAUACAACCAUCCACAUAAUUAAGUUUGUACAUAGUAAUAUCAUUUUUGACAAUCUAGAUUAUAAAAUGUCUGAUAGUUUAAAUGAUAUUUUUCAUUCACAUUACUCGAUAUGAGGAAUUUACAUCUUAAGGUAUCUUACUAACGAUAUCUUUGCUAACGUGAUUAUUGAAUUAACUUUUGAAUUUUUACUUGAAUUAGUAAAACUUCGUUUUUGGCAGAUACUAUUUUCAUUAUUAACAUAAAUAAUCUUAUAUGAUCAAUAGA